AUGGGAAUGGUCGCAGCAGGGUCCCGGCCGUGCCUUCUGCUGGUUCUUCUACUGCUGUUUUUGGCUGCACUGAUACAAAAAUGUGGGGCGCAGCUCAGGGUGCAGUCCCCAAAACGUCUCAUCGACAAGCUCAUCUCCAUGCAGGCCAUCUCCGAAGAUAACUUCUUCACCAUCAUCGGGUCAACUGCCUCUUUCGGCACCCCCGCCUACGGCACUACCCUGAGAGGUAGAGCCUUUUAUACUCCCCAUGAGCGGCGCGAGGAGGCGGACAUGACGGAGACAGGCCUGCACUGCGACACGUCGUACUGCGCGCGACUCAAGGAUGAGAUCGAGGAGUGGAAGAGCACCGCCCUGCAGGGAGGCCUGGCCAAGGAGUGCGGCCUCUCUUCCCCUCUGUGUCUUCUUUUCUGUCGUGUGUCGGAGCUACCUCUGGCUCGUUUCAAGAGACAGCGACAUGUGGUUGUGUUGUUCGUUGACAGGGGUGUCUGCACGUUUGCUGCAAAAGUAGAGGCUGCGCAGAGCUGUGGGGCGGACGCAGUAGUAGUUGUUGAUCAUGGCACGCAAGACUGGACUCGCGGGAUGAUUCGCCACAACAUCAUCAUGAGUGAUGACGGAAAGAUGCGGGAGAUUCACAUACCGUCUGUGCUAAUAGCACAACCCGAAGGAGAUGCAAUAAAGGAGGAGAUCCUUUCAGGACAAGAACCCGUUCUUGUAGAACUCGAGUGGCGUAUGCCUGCCCAGUGGCCUGUGGCUGUCAACUUCUGGGCAGACCCAGGCGAUGCGCAGGAAGAACUUUGCCUUUCUCAGGGCCUUUAUGAGAAGUAUCCGCGACUCUACUGCUCUUUUGAACCCAACGCACAAGUCCUUGGUCUCACCGGGAGUGAAGUUGUGCAGGAGUCCUUGCUGCAGUCUUGUCUGUACAGCAUCACGAAAGUGACUCCGCCAGAGAUGAAAGAAGGCGAGUUUUCGCGAGAGUGGUGGCUCUACCAUCAGAGGCUAGGCGACGUGAGAGACGGCUGUUCCUUUAGUGGCAAGGGCAGGAACGCUUGGGGCCCUGCGUGCUCGAAGCGUGUUUUGUCGGAGGUGUUGGCAGGCGGUCAGCUGCGCUCUGUGGAGUUGUGCAUGGAAGAUGAGAGCGGACGUCGGCUGCUGGACUUCUCCAAAAACAAUCGCGGCUGGUCAAUCGUCGCCAUGACAAUCAACGGGGCGAGAUAUAGUGGACAGCUUGCUCCGGAGCCGGUCCUUAGAGCCAUUUGUUCUGCCACCGUUAAUCCGCUUACAAACCAAUACAGAGCAGACGAAUGCAAUGACAUCGUCGUCGACGCACACACUGAAGAUGCGCCGUGGCUGCGGUCGAUGCUGGACUCGCGCAAUCUCGUCUUUAUUUUGUUUAUGAUAGUUGUGAUUUGCCUCGGCCUGAGUUACUUGUAUUACCGUUAUGCAAAGAAGCAGCUGGCGGAAGGGAUGCAGCAGCGGGUGCAGCACGAAGUACAGCAGCAGCUGCAGCUCUACCACAGAAUGGAGGAGGCCCCUGGGAAGCCCGUUGCUCCCGAGCGCAGUCCCCUUGUCUAA